UUUCUAAGAAAACAACAAAAACGCAAUAAUGCCAAAGUCAAAGCGCGUCAAGAAAGUCGCCCUCACUCGCACCGAGAAGCACGGCAUGGAGUCCAAGGACGCGCUGGUCAACGAGAUCCGAAGCUGCAUCCAAAAGUACUCGUCCGUCUAUGUCUUCGCUGUCCGUAACAUGCGCAACAUCAAGCUGAAGGAUGUCCGCUCCGAGUGGAAGCAUAGCCGCUUCUUCUUUGGCAAGAACCGCGUCAUGGCGCUUGCCCUCGGCAACUCUGAGGAGAACGAGCAAGAGACCAACUUGCGAGAAGUCUCCAACAUGCUUGUCGGCCAGACCGGUCUGCUCUUCACCUCGCAGCCCCGCGAGGAGGUUAUUGCCUGGUUUGAGAACCACCACGAUCUCGAGUUUGCCCGAUCGGGCUUUGUUUCGAGCGAAACGGUCAAAAUCCCUGCCGGGCCCCUUCCCCAGUUCUCUCACACGAUGCACAAUGAUUUGCUACGACUUGGCUUGCCGAUUGUGUUGAACAAGGGUAUCAUUACGCUUGAAAAGCCACACACUGUUUGCUCGAAGGGCGACACAUUGACUCCCGAGCAGGCACGCAUUCUGAAGCUCAUCGACCGACCGCUCGCCGAUUUCCACAUCAAGCUUAAGGCUGCAUGGAGCAACGGCGAGUUCGAGGUUCUCUCUGAGGGCGACGACGAUGAGCAAGGUCAGGACGGCGAGGACUACGAGGACGACGAGGACAACAUGGAGGCUUAAGAGAAUCGCGCUGCUUGCUUGUCUGAUGUCGUUUGCUCUUUUUGAUUGACUUAACUUUUCUUCGAAAUCGUUGUGAUGUUUUGUUUUUUUGUGUGCGCGUGUCUGGAGGCACAAACUGAUGUUGGUUUUUUUUUUUUUGUACAAUCAAAAACUUUUUUUUCU